AAUGGCUCAGCUGUCCAAUUCCCCGGGGAGACACACAUCUCAACUCUGAAUAAGAAAUUCCACAAAAUGAUGCUGCAGUUCGGAUCCUUUUGAACUUCAUGGUAUUCCUUGGCACCACUUCUUUCCUGGAAUUGGACAAAAGACGAAAACAUGAAGACAUCACUCUUUUCCUUGAUGUCCAUCUUUUCGAGCUGCAUGGUGGACAUGAGCUUUUGUCUAACUGUUUGCAACAAACCUGUCGCACUUGAAUGGCACCUGUACCAGAGCAUCAUCCAAGUGAACUGGACACUCAUGGAGAAUAUUUGUGGCACUUUUGAAGACUGUUGGGGUUUUCAUGGUGGAGAUGACCCGAGUGUACCUAUGAACUUCCCACAGAUUUGCCCACUUCAGCUGCAGCAUGGCGACAAACUGUCGCUGGUCGCCGAUGAGACGCUGACGUCAUAUGGUGUCAGACUUAUUAACGUGUCGCAGGACUAUUUUGAGAGUUGUUCUGCAAAUGGGCUGAAAAGAGACCAGCUUGUUUUCCCUCAGCACAUCACUGGAAGCGAAGAAGUAGAUAGCAAGUGGCUUGAGCCAGGUCACCACUACUUCAUUGCUCUGCACAACGAAGACACUCAGCUGUGUGAGCACGGUUUAAGGCUCAAUGUGCUGGUCAAGACGCAACUUUGCCAGGCCUCCCCUCUGGUUCCACUUUGUUCUGGGAAGGGUAUUUGUGAAACAGACAACUGGGAAGAGCCGUACUCAUGCCGAUGUCACCACCGCUACUCUGGGAGGUUUUGCGAAAAAUUUGAUGCUUGUUUGGAUAGUCCUUGUAAAAACAAAGGAGUGUGCUUGAGCAACGGCUCUGCAGAACUGAACCACAGAACGUUUAAAUGUCUGUGUCCUCCACAUUUUGAUGGAACAACCUGCUCUGAAAUAAUUGGGAAAGAAAACUGCGACAGAAUGUGUACAAACGGGACGUGCGUUCAAAUGUCAUCCAGCUCCUUCACAUGCAUCUGCGGUGCCGGAUUCACAGACCCACCUUGUGAGAGAAAAUCCACUUGCAAUCCAAAUCCAUGCAGAAAUGGAGGCAUAUGUGAGGAGACUCCCAAAGGUCUGAUCUGUCAUUGUCCUGAAAGCUUUGCUGGACUCUACUGCACCUUUGCAUUCACCGUUGAUUGCAUGUCCAGCACAUGUCAGCAAGAACAAAUCUGUGCCGCAGGAGAGCAUGCCUCUGAAUGUGUGUGUGCAGAUGGUAAAGUGGUCCCAGCAUGCAAGAGAAGGCGGCGGAAUGUGUGCAGCCCAUCGCCGUGCCUCUAUAAUGCCACCUGUGUGUCCAGGGGACAUGAUUAUUUGUGCAGAUGUCUGCAGGGCUUUUCAGGGAAGAAUUGUGAAGAAGUAAUUGACUACUGCCGCCUGCUCAAUAUCAACUGUCUAAAUGAGGGAUUGUGUUUGAAUGUAAUUGCCGGAUAUCAGUGUAUCUGUACCCCAGGAUGGAUGGGAGAGUUUUGUCAGUACGUGAGCAAUGCCUGCCUGAUAAAACCCAACAGAUGCUUGAAUGGAGCCACAUGUAUUACAACAAGCCAGAUGUCGUCCCCUCCACAGUACAUGUGCAAAUGCCCAAAUGGAUUCAUAGGAACCCACUGUGAGAUGGAGCUCAACGAGUGUAACUCCAACCCCUGCCGGCACAAUGGCACAUGCUUCGACUUGGUGGGACACUAUGAAUGCCAGUGCCCCACAGGUUUUCUUGGCAAGAACUGUGAAUUGGACAUUGAUGCUUGUGCACUUAACAGCACAUGUCCACCAAAGACUCUGUGUUUGGAUCUUUCUGAUGGUCUAAAAUAUACCUGCCGUGUGCCCUGCCCCUCAAGCCUUCAGCCAUGUGCCAAUGGAGGGCACUGUGUGUUGAAUAACGGCAACAGCUACACUUGUAUCUGCCGCCCAGGCUGGUCGGGCUAUAACUGUCGCACAAAUGUCAAUGAUUGCGUUCAGCAUUGGUGUCAAAACGGCGCCACUUGUGUGGAUGAAAUUGAUGGCUAUAGCUGCCUAUGUCCCAUAGGCUUCUCUGGCUCCUUCUGUGAAGAGGACAUUGAUUACUGCGUGGACCAUGGCUGCUCUGAGCAUGGGGUUUGCGUGGACCAGCAGUUGAACUUCACCUGCCGCUGCACUCUUGGAUUUGAAGGGGCCCUGUGUGAGAAGGAAACAAAUGAAUGCAACACCUUCCCCUGUGCAAACGGGGCUACGUGUGAGGAUCAUGUUGGUGAUUAUAAAUGCCACUGUUCCCCAGGGUUUGAAGGAAGGAGAUGCGAUGAGAAUGCAAAUGAUUGCUGGUCACAGCCUUGUCUCAAUGGUGGCUCAUGUAUGGAUCUGAUAAAUGACUACAUUUGUCAUUGUCCUCUUGGAUUCAAGGGCAAAGACUGCUCCAUUGAUAUUGACCUUUGCGCAUUUGGGAUGUGCACUGAACAGACACUAAUAUGCACGGAAACAAAGGAUGGGCAAAAUGUAUCUUGCAUAUGUGAAAGAGGAUUUGGAGGGUCAUUGUGUGAAGUCAAUCUCAACGAGUGCGAGUCAAAGCCAUGCCAGAAUAAUGGUGUUUGUGUGGAUGGCACAGACCUAUAUCACUGCAUCUGCUCAGAGGGGUUUGAGGGGUCGAAUUGUGAAAUCAAUCAUGAUGAAUGCAUCCAUGGGUACUGCACCAAUAAUUCAACAUGUAUUGACUUGGUUGCAGACUAUGAGUGCAUCUGUGCAUUGGGCUUUGUUGGAAAGAAUUGCUCCGUCUCUCUCUCAGCAUGUACAGAUGAUGUUGACUACUGCAAAAAUGGAGGAACCUGUUUCCAUGACUUAACCAGAGAAUUACAAUGCAUUUGCCCACCAGGACACGAUGGCAAUGACUGCUGCUCAUUUGUGGGCCUAUGUGUGUCCUAUGCCUGUGACCCUGACGGGACUCUCCACUGUGAAGGUCUUGCAAAUAGCUACAUGUGCGUUUGUCAACAUGGCUACACCGGGCCACACUGCGAAACACCCAUUGACCAAUGUGUUGAUGGCCUGUGUCAACACGGAUCAACGUGCUUGGAUCUUUGGACAGGCUUCAAGUGUGAUUGUUUACCAGGUUCAACUGGUCGUUAUUGUGAGCUGAACAUAAAUGGUUGUGAGGGAAAGCCAUGUGGUGUCUUGAGUGUUUGUAAAAACACUCUCAGCAGCUACAUUUGUUUCUGUGCGCCUGGCUUUAUUGGCGAUAACUGUGAGAUACAAGUAAAUGAAUGCCUAAGUCACCCUUGUAGAAAUGGUGGCUCCUGCAUUGAUGGUGUCACUUCAUUCAGCUGCCUGUGCCCUGUUGGAUUCAGAGGAACCCGAUGUGAACUUCACAUUGAUGAGUGUGCUUCAUCGCCCUGCAAGAAUGGAGCCACGUGCAUUGACCAGCCUGGUAAUUACUUCUGCCAAUGUCUGGCUCCAUUUAAAGGUCCAAAUUGUGACUUGUUACCCUGUGAGGCCAGUAAUCCCUGUGAGAAUGGAGCCUUUUGUCUGGAAGAGUUGGAUGAGGACCAUUACCCUUUGGGCUGCCGGUGCCGGUGUCGCCGAGGAUUCACAGGCCCCCGCUGUGAAAUCAACGCGGAUGAGUGCAUCUCCAGCCCAUGUGUCAAUGGAUUUUGCUAUGAUGUUGUAGAUGGCUUUUAUUGCCUUUGCAGUCCUGGUUAUGCUGGCCUGCGAUGUGAGAAAGACAUUGACGACUGUAUGAACAAUCUGUGCAGUAGCAAUUCAAUAUGUAAGGACCUCCAUCUGAGUUAUGAGUGUGUAUGUCACUCUGGCUGGGAGGGAGAGUACUGCCAACAAGAAAUUGAUGAAUGUUUGUCACAGCCCUGCAAAAACAACGCCACCUGCACGGAACUCAACGGCUACAACGGCCUAUUGUGCAACCAGCCUUAUGACCCAUGUGAUCCCCUCCACAAUCCCUGCCUGCACAACUCCACCUGCCUGACACGCUCCGAUGGAAUGGCCUUCUGCGAAUGCCCAGCUGGAUUUGAAGGACGCCUGUGUGAAACUGACACCAAUGAGUGCAGCUCUAAUCCUUGCCGAGACAACGGCGACUGCUUGGACCAGGUCAAUGCAUACAGCUGUGUUUGUAAAAUGGGAUUUUCCGGCCUUCACUGCGAGCAAGACAUCAAUGAGUGCUCCUCACAGCCUUGCCUUAACGGUGGCACUUGUCAGGACCGAGUGAACAACUUUCACUGCAGUUGCCCUACUGGUUAUUUCGGAACACUGUGUGACCUGGGUGGGAACGAGUGUCAAGUUUCACCUUGCCUACAAGAGGGCACCUGUAUCAAGAAGCCGGGGGGCUUUGAAUGUGUCUGUCGCGCCGGAUACUCAGGGGCAUGGUGUGAAGUUAACAUUGACGAGUGCAUUUCAAAGCCGUGCCAGAAUGAUGGGAGAUGUAUUGACGAAGCCGAUCGAUAUCACUGUGUGUGCCCCGACGGCUUCUUUGGACCCGAGUGUGAGACCAACAUUGAUGAAUGCUUGUCGGCACCUUGUUUUCAAGGGAGCUGUCAUGAUGGAAUCUCUUCCUACACGUGCCUUUGUGAGGUGGGAUGGAGCGGUACCAGGUGUGAAACAAGCAUUGAUGACUGUGCUACUAAUCCCUGCUUGAAUGGAGGCUCAUGUGAGGAUCUGAUUGAUGAAUACGCCUGCUUUUGUCAGGAUGGUUACACAGGAAAAGCCUGCGAGUAUGAGAUUGACGCAUGCAAAGAAUUUGCCCAAUUUUGUUCUAAUGGCGCUACAUGCAUUCAUGCCGAAGGAUUGAACUUUACUUGCAGCUGUCCAGCAGGUUUCAUGGGGGAUUUAUGUGAAGUGGAAGUUAACGAAUGUGGCUCAUCUCCCUGCCACAACAGUGCAAUUUGCCAAGAUCUUAUUAAUCGCUACAUCUGCCAUUGUGGGUCAGGUUGGACAGGCCUUCACUGUGAAGAUGACAUUAAUGAGUGCCUUCCACAGCCCUGCAACCAGGGGAUAUGCGUUCAGAGUGAUCCGGGCUACGGCUACACCUGUUUCUGUCGUCCUGGAUUUGUGGGGAGGAACUGUGAGCACAACUAUGAUGAUUGCCUCUUAAAUCCAUGUCCAGAAGCAUAUUCCUGUGUAGAUGGCAUCAACAAGGUCACCUGCCUCCCUCCUGCAACGGAUGCUGUUCCCUUGGAGACCGCACUCAAGAACAUCACUCGCGGCUUUACACCACGUGUGAAAACACCAACACUUCGCCCAUCGCCGAGAGCUGAGCAAUCCACAGAUUCAAAGUAUGCCCAGUAUUUUGGAAAUUCUUACCUGGAGUUUGGAUGGAUUGACCUGAGCACCAUCAACAACAUCACUGUGAGAUUUCAGACUCAAGCAGACCAAGGAACUAUUAUUUAUGUGGGCCAAGGACCAGCUAAGAGAAAUUUCAUUGUCAUGGAACUCUUUGUCAUGGAUGGGAUGCUACAGUAUGUCUUUUCCUGCAAUAAAGAGGAUGAUGUUGCAUGGAUUAACACACAAAUUCAUGUUGAUGAUGGCAAUGUACACAUUGUCAAUAUCAGACAACACCUGGCUCCUUGUGAGGCUGAAAUAGCUCUUUCCGGUCAUGAGAGAAUCAAAAGUGCAGCAAGUAAUUACAGGUUGGGACACAUGAUACAAAGAACAAACCAUAUCUUCACAGGCGGUCUGCCACAACAAUACUUGGCCAUUCAGAGAGCAAAGCCUUUCUACAACUUUACUGGCUGCAUUGAAAUCAUUGAAUUUAAUCAAGUCAGGGGGUUGUACACAUCUGAUGCCAUCACCAGCAGCAACAUAGGUGCAUGCAGUGUGAACACAACCCCAUCUCCUGCUCAAGCACCAAAACACUCCCAGCAUGAAACUUGUGGUGAUGGUGUUUGCCUCAAUGGGGGAACAUGUCAUGAGCUGCAACAACCUGGCAAAGAAGCGCCUUCCUGCCUCUGCCCGCUUCAUUUUACUGGAACAUUUUGUGAGAAAGAUUCCAAAGUGUAUAUCCCAUCUUUUGAUGGCACAUCUUAUUUGGAGCUGGAACCUCUCAUAACCGUUCUCCAGUCCUCUGACACCAGCACUCAUGUCAAGGACACCACCGUUAUUCUCCAUUUGACUCUGAAAACUCGAUCUACACAGGGCACCAUCCUCUACACCCAGGAUCAGAAGUUUAGUGGCACCUUCCUUCACGUGUUCCUUCAAGACGGCAGUCCUGUUGCUGAGCUUGGAUGUGGCAGUGAACAUGUUCUCAAUGUGGCCACCAGCCAGACCAUCAAUAAUAACGAAUGGAUGUCAAUGACAAUUCGAUACAAGCUGCAUUCCGGCGAACAAGCAGGGUCAUGUAUGAUUGAAAUAGCAGUAGAUAAUGGCCCGGCUCAGCGUCUCCAGGAGUCCGUGCAACUGCCCAUGUCAGAGGGAACAUUUGGUCCUAUUUUUCUUGGGGUUGCUUCCUCCCAAUGGGAAUUGCAUGAGGGGCUUGCAAAAGUAGCAAGAAGAUUUAUUGGCUGUAUCCGGCAACUUCAGGUCAACUCAAAGGAGAUUUUGCUGGUGGGUGAGGCCGUGAGAGGGAGGAACAUCAAGAACUGUGAGCCACCUGUUUGUCAGCACCUUCCCUGUCGGAAUAGAGGAACCUGUGUCAGUGUGUCUGCACCAUUUAGUGAUGCAGAAGACUGGUUCUGUGAGUGCCCCCCGCUUUACACUGGCCAGCUGUGCCAGUUUAUGACCUGUGACCGCAACCCCUGCAGUCACGGCGCAACGUGCAUCCCAAAGUCGCCACUUGAGGCAGUAUGUCUUUGUCCUUAUGGAAGACAAGGUCUACUAUGUGAUGAAGCAGUCAAUAUCACACGGACCAGAUUCAGUGGUACAGACAAGUUUGGCUACACAUCUUUUGUGGCCUACUCCCACAUUCCAAGUCUCAGCUUUUUCUACGAGUUUCAGUUGAAGUUCACGCUGGCCAAUAGCUCCUCUGCUGUGAAAGACAACCUGAUCCUGUUCGCUGGGCACAGAGGACAAGGCACUGAUGGCGACGACUUCCUCGUUUUGGGCGUGCGGAAGGGGAGAAUUCUGUAUAAAUUCAACCUUGGCUCAGGUAUAGCAACCAUUGUCUCAGAUCGACUGAACCUCCACAUGGACAUCCACAUUGUCACGUUUGGAAGGACCAACAAAACAGGAUGGCUGAAGGUUGAUGGACAAAGGAACAGAACGGGCUCAUCUCCGGGACCGCUGCGGGGCCUCGAUGCUGUCAAGCAACUCUUUGUAGGCGGAUAUAAUGAGUACACACCUGACCUGCUGCCACUUGGCUCCAGGUUCCGUCAAGGCUUUCAGGGGUGCGUUUUUGACAUGUACUUCCGAACAAGAAGACAUGGAACAGUCCAAGCUCUGGGACAGCCAGCCUUUGGACGAAGUGUGGGUCAGUGCGGUGUCAACCUGUGUUUUCAUGUUCACUGCAGGAAUGGAGGAACAUGUGUGGACUCUGGUUCGUCUGUUUAUUGCCAGUGCCCUUUUGGAUGGAAGGGUGCGCUCUGUUCGGAGACAGUGUCGGUGUGCGAUGCUGUGCACACUCCCCCGCCUCUGUGUGCCCAUGGCUCUACCUGCAUCCCUCUUCCAAAUGGAUAUACCUGUCAGUGCCCCCUGGGAACAGCGGGACUCUACUGCGAGAAAGCUGUGAGCAUCAGUGAUCCAUUCUUCAGUGGAAAGCACUCCUCCUGGAUGUCCUUCCCCCCAAUGAAUACGAGACACAGGACUGUUUUACAGAUGCAGUUCCAACCUUUAUCACCUGGUGGUAUCCUUGUCUAUGCUGCACAGCAUCUUGGAGACAGAGCUGGAGAUUUCUUCUGCCUCUCUUUGACAUCAAGAUUUGUCCAGCUGCGGUACAAUCUGGGGGAUGGUCUCCACGUCCUGCAGACUAUUACGAGAGUAGACCUGCACACUGGAAGCUGGCACACAGUGAAGGCAGGCCGGAUCUGUCAACAGGGUUUUCUAAUUCUGGACGGCAAGGAGGUCAGACACAAUGUGACUGAGGGGAUGAGCACACUGGAUGUUGCCACCAACAUCUUUGUUGGGGGCGUAUCCUCUCUGAGCUCUGUGUCCGCAGACGCCAUCGAAGGGGAGCCGACGGGCUUCACAGGCAGCAUCAGAGAAGUGAUUGUAAACGGACUUGAGUUGGAGUUGACGGAAAAAGGGGCUCUCAGUGGAGCAAAUGUCAGGGACUCGGAUGGGAGCGCCUGUGGGUACAAGGUGUGCCACAAUGGAGGUCACUGCAGGGCAAUAGGGAGUGAGUCCUUUACAUGUGACUGCCCAACAUCAUGGACAGGGCCAACAUGUAAUCAGUCUUUAAGCUGUGUCAACAACAACUGCAAACAUAGCUCCAUAUGCACGCCUGUUAGUGAGAAAUCAUACACCUGCAUUUGCCCCCUCGGGUGGGGAGGGAGGUACUGCACCAGAGAGCUACCAACAGACACGUUAAAAUUUGUGGGACACUCCUAUGUUAAAUACAUUGAUCUGAAAUACAACAAGAGAAAUUUAAGAUCCACUCAUGUUUCUUUUAUCUUUCUCACAAACACAAGUGACAGUUUGAUCAUGUGGAUGGGAAAGGGAGGACAUGAAGAUGAUGACUUCAUGGCAGUGGGCCUUGAGAGGGGGGCCCUUAAAGUUGCACUUAAUCUCGGCGAGAGGAUUUCUCUCCCGGUGACUUCAAAAAGUCAGAUGCUGUGCUGCAAUAGAUGGCACGAGGUCUCCAUUGUAGUAAACAGUACAGUCAUUCAAGUCCAUUUGAACAACGAAAGAAUCAUUCAUGAGGAUGUGGACCCACUUGGGAGAUACGUAGCCUUGAACUACGGGGGGCAACUCUACUUUGGAGGAUUUGAAAUGUACACAAACGUAACCGUCGUGACAUCGGGGUUGUUUUCAAGGAACUUUGAAGGAAAUCUCAGAAAUGUUUAUUUGUUCAACGAACCCCUUGUGUUUUUAAAAAGCAGCGAGGGCUUUAAUGUUCACAAUGGCAAUGAGUAGGAGGGAAAAUGGCUUUUGUGAGAGAGGUACAUUUUGAAUAGUUUGGAGGGUUUUUUGAGGAAUAUAGGCUUGAAUAGCUCAGAUCAUUUGAAGUAAGUAAUUUGAGAUGUCGCCAGAGGGUCUGAUGGCGAAAAGACAAAGUGUAAUGAUAAUACUAAUACUAGCUGCUUAUUUCACUAUGAGCAAUACAGCUUACCAGGCAAUUGCAUACACAAAUUGAUUGGGUGAUAAAAUAAAAUGCAUGUAGGUAAAACACAUAAUGGUUAAUGAAAAUAACUAGAGAAGCUUACCUGUCAACAAACAUUAUUUCCAGCAAGCUGUGGAUAUUAAAAGUCUACACACCCCUCUUCAAAUGUCAGGUUUUUGUUAUUUAAAAAGACAAGACCAAGAUAAUUUCUAAACUUUCGAUUAAUGUUGCCUAUAACUUAGACAACACAAUUGGAAAUAUUUUCAAGAGGGGGAAAUAAAAAUAAACAACUGCGAUAAUGUGGUUGCACAAGUGUACACACCUUAUAAUUAGGGAUGAGGCUGUGUUCAGAAUUAACCAAUCAGAUUCAACCAAAGUUAGAGUCAGUAUACACCUGCCACCAAUUAAAGUGCCUCUGAUUAACCCCAAAUCAAGUUUUUUCUUUCUAGCAGAAGAAGCCUAAAGGUUUAGUGCUAACACUGACUCCUAUUUCAAAAUAUUCAUAACUCCCUCUAUCUUGACAAAGGCCCCAGUUCCAGCUAAAAAUAAAUAAAUAAAUAAAUAAAUAAAGAGCAUCAAAGCACAAUGUUGCAUGCUCCACUGUAAGUAGCAGUGUCGUAUGAAUCUCAAACAUACCAUUUGGAAUUGCAGCCAAAACGUUUAACCUUGGUUUAAAAAUAUUGUAAAAACACAUUUGAAAUCUCCUACGUGUAUGUGGGGAAAUGUGUUAUUGCCUGAUGUGACCAAUGUUGAACAAUUGCCCACAAAUCUAAAUGGUAUGUUUGGCAUAAACACAAAACUGCUCAUCAACAAAAGAACACUACCUACAGUGGAGCAUGAUGGUAGUAGUAUCAUGCUUGGAGCCUUCUUCUUUUUUUUUAACUGGAAGAACGGACUUUUCAAGGUAGAGGGAAUUGUGAACAGUCCCAAAUACGAGUUUUAGAACAAAACCUUCAAGCUUCUGCUAAAAAAAAAAAAAUGUCAGGAAAAGCCUACUAAUACAGCUAAAAUUUAUUUGGGGAUAGUCAGAGGCACUUGAAAUGGUGGCAGGUGUGUGCAGACUCCCAUUUGACGUUUUGAAUUGAAUUUAUUGGUUGAUUCCCCCCACAGGUAAUAGUUCACAUUGAUGGUGAUUUUUUAUACAUAUAUAUAUACACAAUAUAUAUAUACAAUAUAUAUAUUUAUAUACAAUAUAUAUAUAUAUAUAUAUAUUAUUGUGUGUAUAUACACACACAGUUCUGAGCACCUCACCCAUCCCAAAAACAUGUAUGGUAGGUUGGUUGUGUUUAUAUGUGCCCUACGAUUGACUGGCGACCAGUUCAGGGUGUACCACACCUCUCACCCGUAGUUAGCUGGGAUAGGCUCCGGCAUACCCGGAACCAAGUGAGGAUAAGCGAUGUAAAAAAUGGCCCUGUUCCCUCCCCAUUACUAGGUCAAAGGGUCUGCAGUUUUAAUUUAUUUUACACUGGUAAAGCUUUCUUUAUACUUGUCUGUCAAUAUAAAAUUUUACCAAAUGCUUGUCUUUUGAGUUAAUAAAGAUUUUGUGACGGUGACAGUGUAAGUGUGGAAUAAAUAUACGCUUUUUUCCUUUGGGGGAAUGGCAAUAUCAGAACGAGUAAGUGAACCAACAUGACAGGACAGAUUGUUUGACAAUG